AGGCGCACGCCCUCCCGGCUAGGGGUGCGGGGGUGGGCGGGGGGAGCCCGUUGCCAUGGAGGCUGCCGCUGGAUGGCACGCAGCUCCCCGGCCGGCCCUCCCCGCUUCCCCCGCCCCAGGUAGGCGCUGCCUCCCCUCCCGCCUCCCCAAGCCCCCCCGGCCGUGGGAAGGGGCCGGGCCAGCCUCCUGACGUCUGUCUGUGCCGGGCUCGGAAGAUGGCUGCGGAGCCGAGCGGCGGGCAGCGGCUGCGGCGGUGGCUGCGGGGCGCCGGGAGCGCGGCGGGCCGGGGCUCCGCCUUGCCCGCGGGCAGCUGAGCGGCGGAACACCGCACUAGGCGCGGCGGCCAGCGGCAGUAGCCGGGGUUAGCCGGCGCUGCGCUCCGCUCCCCGGCACCAUGAACCGCACCGAGGACGCAGUCAAAGAGAAAUUACUGUGGAACGUCAAAAAGGAGGUAAAGCAGAUCAUGGAAGAAGCCGUCACCAGGAAGUUUGUGCAUGAAGACAGCAGCCAUAUCAUUGCUCUGUGUGGUGUGGUAGAGACCUGCCUGCUGCAUCAGCUGAGGCGUCGGGCUGCAGGCUUCCUGCGCAGUGACAAGAUGGCUGCCCUCUUCACCAAGGUGGGGAAGACCUGUGUGGUAGCCGGAGAGGUCUGCCGAAAGGUGCAGGAGCUGCAGCAGCAGGUGGAGAGCAAGAAGUCAACAGGAGGCAACCAGGAGGCCCUUCGGAGACAGGGCUCAACUGGAGGGAAGCCCCCAAGUCUGAGCCCCCAGGCCCUGAGGCACAUUUGGGUGCGCACUGCCCUCAUUGAGAAAGUGCUGGACAGAAUUGUCCAGUAUAUUGUGGAGAACUGCAGCAAAUACUAUGAAAAAGAAGCCCUGCUGGCGGACCCCGUGUUUGGCCCCAUUCUGGCCUCUCUUCUAGUGGGACCCUGCGCUCUGGAGUAUACCAAGCUGAAGACAGCAGACCACUAUUGGACGGACCCGUCUGCCGAUGAGCUGGUCCAGAGGCACCGCAUCCGGGGCCCCCAUGGCCGGCAGGACUCGCCCUCCAAGCGUCCGGCCCUGGGAGUCCGGAAGCGACACUCCAGUGGGAGCGCGUCGGAAGACCGGUUUGCAGCCUCGGCUCGUGAGUAUGUGGAGUCCCUCCAUCAGAAUUCUCGAACGCACCUGCUCUACGGCAAGAACAACGUGCUGGUACAGCCGAAGGAAGACAUGGAGGCUGUCCCUGGCUACUUGUCCUUGCACCAAUCUGCAGAGAGCUUGACGCUCAAGUGGACCCCCAACCAGCUCAUGAAUGGAACUCUGGGAGACUCCGAGCUGGAGAAGAGCGUGUACUGGGACUAUGCCCUGAUCGUGCCCUUCAGCCAGAUUGUCUGCAUCCACUGCCACCAGCAACAGAAUGGUGGAACACUAGUGCUGGUGAGCCAGGACGGUAUCCAGAGGCCCCCUUUGCACUUCCCUCAGGGGGGCCACCUCCUGUCCUUCUUGUCCUGCCUGGAGAAUGGGCUUCUGCCCCGAGGACAACUAGAGCCACCACUGUGGUCCCAGCAGGGAAAGGGGAAGGUCUUCCCCAGGCUGCGGAAGCGGAACAGCUCCAUGCGGCCUAUGGAUCUGGAGGAGACGGUGAUGGAUGAAAGUCGGGCCACCGACUACGUGUUCCGGAUCAUCUACCCGGGCCACAAGCACGAGCACAUCACUAUUAACUACCACCACUUAGCUGCCAGCCGCGCGGCCUCGGUGGACGAUGAUGAGGAAGAGGAGGAUAGACUACACGCGAUGCUGUCAAUGAUCUGCUCGCGGAACCUCACAGCUCCCAAUCUGAUGAAAGAUGCUGGGGACAUGAUUGAGAUGCAAGGCUUCGGGCCAAGCCCGCCAGCCUGGCAGUUCGAGCCUCCAAUUGGCCGAAGCUCCUGUCUCUCCUGUUCUAUCCGAGGUUCGCCCUAUGACCCACCCAACUACUGCAACUGUGCCCAGGACAGGAUGCCCCUGAGACUGCUGUGUGAGAAUAUGAAGAGGCAGAUCAUGUCCCGGGCCUUCUAUGGAUGGCUGGCAUACUGCCGACACCUGUCCACUGUCAGGACCCACCUUUCGGCCCUGGUCCAUCAUAAUAUCAUCCCGCCUGACCGGCCCCCGGGAGCUUCCGGAGGGCUCACCAAGGAUGUGUGGAGCAAGUACCAGAAAGAUAAGAAGAACUACAAGGAGCUGGAGCUUCUGAGGAGAGUGUACUAUGGGGGUGUGGAACAUGAGAUCCGAAAAGACGUCUGGCCUUUCCUGCUGGGACACUACAAGUUCGGCAUGAGCAAGAAGGAGAUGGAGCAGGUGGAUGAGGCUGUGGCAGCCCGAUACCAGCGGGUCCUGGCGGAGUGGAAGGCCUGUGAGGUGGUAGUCCGGCAGCGGGAGCGGGAAGCCCACCCAGCCACGCUCACCAAAUUCUCCUCAGGCAGCAGCAUCGACAGCCACGUCCAGCGCCUCAUUCACCGAGACUCCACCAUCAGCAAUGAUGUGUUCAUUUCCGUGGAUGAGAUGGAUCCCCCUGAGAUGGGACCAAAGUGUCCUGAAGAUGCCGGGGCUGACCCGGGGCCGUCGGCGGGAACGCCGGGCACCGUGAUUGUGGAACAGCAGCAGUCUGUAGAAUUUGACUCUCCGGACUCGGGGCUGCCGUCUUCUCGAAACUAUUCAGUGGCUUCUGGAGUCCAGUCCAGCAUCGAUGAUGGGCAGAGUGUGGGGUUCGAGGAGGAAGACCAAGGAGAGGAGGAGGAGCUGGACCAGUCUGCUUCUGGGCCCCACGCCUCUCUCUAUGAGCCCCCAGACCCUGGCCAGGAAGAUGCCCCACAGUCCAGUGAGCUGGGGGCAGGGGAAGAGCUGGCUGCCGUCUGUGCUGCUGCCUACACUAUAGAGUUGCUGGACACGGUGGCCUUGAACCUCCAUCGGAUCGACAAGGACGUGCAACGGUGUGACCGAAACUACUGGUACUUCACGCCCACCAACUUGGAGAAGCUCCGCAACAUCAUGUGCAGCUAUGUAUGGGAGCAUCUGGACGUGGGCUAUGUGCAGGGCAUGUGUGAUCUGCUGGCACCCCUCAUGGUCAUCCUUGACAAUGAUCAACUGGCUUAUAGCUGCUUCGGCCAACUCAUGAAGAGGAUGAGCCAAAACUUCCCCAAUGGCGGGGCCAUGGACACACACUUUGCCAACAUGCGAUCACUCAUCCAGAUCCUGGAUUCAGAGCUCUUUGAAUUGAUGCACCAGAAUGGAGACUACACUCAUUUCUACUUCUGCUAUAGAUGGUUCCUGCUAGAUUUCAAGAGAGAGCUGCUCUAUGAGGAUGUCUUUGCUGUGUGGGAAGUGAUCUGGGCUGCCAGACAUAUCUCUUCGGAGCACUUUGUCCUGUUCAUCGCCUUGGCCCUGGUGGAAGGAUACCGGGAGAUCAUCCGAGAUAACAACAUGGACUUCACAGACAUUAUCAAGUUUUUCAAUGAGCGGGCGGAGCAUCAUGACGCCCAGGAGAUCCUGAGAAUCGCCAGGGACCUGGUCCAUAAAGUGCAGACGCUGAUUGAGAACAAGUGACCUUGGCAGCGGCAUUUGUGAGAGGAGGCGGAGGAGGAGGCAAGAGGCCGCCCAGGCUCCCCGAGCCCCCGGAUGGGGCAAGUGGAGGGGAUGGCCCCGUCGGGACGGCAAUCACCUUCCCCCCACCAACCUGAAUCCCAAACCAUGCUCCUGAGGCCUCUUCCCUGCAGUGCCAUCCCCCCCAAGAGUAAUUUGGAGAUUGAGAGAGGGGGAACUCCAGGUUUUCCCAUGGGUUGCAGGACUGGCCUGUGGAGUCCGCCUCUGGGUCAGAGGGAAGAAUGACUGGGAGUUGGAGAGCUUCGUCUGGGUCUUGACUGGGAGCAGCCCACCCUGGACCCCUGAUGCCUCAGGCCUGUGACAGACGCUCUCUGGGACAACUACCUCCCUGCCCCCACCCCAGCCCCAAGGAAACCCCUUUCAGGGUCACCUGAGGAAUAGCCAGAGGCCCCAGGCAAGACCCUUAGGGAGAUCCAGCUUGAGGGGUGUCUCCCUCAGGGGUAGCGCCAGCGGCUCUCCGAUAGAAUCUGGCCUGAGACGCCCCUCCGGGAUGGGGAGAAGAUAUAUUCAGACCAGACUGGAGGAUGGCUCAGGAGGCUGCAGGGGCCAGCGCCUCCCUGAUGCCCUCUCUUACCUUCAGAAAAGCGGGGAGGGGGGCUGGGUGGUCCGGCAGCUGCCCGCCUGCACGCAGUCACAGAAGCCCUUUUUGGGAGGCCAGACUCCUGCCCUGCUACACAGUGUGUGUGUGGGGGUGCUGCAGCAGGGCUCUGGGGAGCGAUUCUGGGGCUACCUUGGCAGGUGUCCCAGCUCCUCAGUGCGGUCCAGGAGCUGAUUCCGGGAUGUUUGGGAGGGAGGGAGGGAGAGAGGGAGGGCGGGGAAUAGCCUGGAGCUGCCCCAGGGCCCUGAGCCCUCCAGCACUUGCCUGCCUUUCUAUUCCCGGUGCCCCAGGGCCCCUCCUGUGUGUGUUCGGCUGUCCGUGGUCCUGAAACGGUGCAACGCGGCUCCUCCCAGGCUGGAAGGAGUUUAUUUCCUGAAGGCUCCUAGUCCGAACCCCCCCCCCCCCUUUUUUUUUUUUAAGAGCAACAGCUUGAGCCCCAGCUUGCUUGUGACCCAGUUUCUGUGCGUCAGGCCUCCUGCGUGGAGAAGGCACUCGGGUGGCCGCCCGCCCCUCUCAGGGACCCUCCCCUGGAGCUCUGGAAGCAGCCCAGGCCUCCGCCCCACAGGUGCCUCCCUGCUCCCCUGGAGCCCGCUCCAGAAUAUCCCCAGGAGUCGCACCAGGAUGCCGGAUCCUCCCCUUGGGCUCCCUGCCCUCCCCCCGCCUGGCCGAGCAUUGGGGGCAGAGGGGCAGGGAGAGGGCGGAGAAGCUCCAGGGGCAUGGCUGGAUCGCCCCUCCGGUGGGGAAACGGGAGGAGGAACGAGGGAGAUGGCCGCUCCCCAGCGGAGCCCAAACCUCUGCCUGAGGCCCGAGCCCACCGCUGGGCACCCCUGGAGUCCUCAAGUGCCAACACUGCCCUAGGCUUGGGGGGGGCCGGGACCCUGGCCCCCAACACAGCCGACUCUAGAAUGUAGAGACCCACGAGCAGGCUCUGAGGGAUCCCUCCCACCUCAGACAACAUCUCUUACCCCGGCGAGAGGAUGGGGGCUGGGCUCCUCCUGCCCCCCCCAAGGCCUCCUCCCCUCUGGAGGAAGGGCCCACCCCCAGGGCCUCCCUCCCCUUAGCAUGCCUACUGCUCUCCUGACCCAGCCUCCUCCUCCCCCACCCCCCACCCGCAGGCCCUGUUAGGGGGGAGGGCACAGUGAGGGUGCAUUUGCCACUGGGGCCUUCUGAGCUCCUCUGUGGGCCUGCUGUCAUUUACUAGAACAAUGGGGGGACCCCUUGGGAGACUGCCCCCCAGCCUGCCCUCCCCCGUGCCCCAGCCUGUGCACUGCCUGUUUGGGGUGCGCCCGUGAGGCCGCAUGUGCCGCCCUGUGCCCGCCUCGGUGCCACCCUGUGCCCUCCUCAGUGCCGCCGGUGUGCGCCAGGAGCAGAAAGCUCGGUGGGCUUCCUCUGUUUCCCGGCUCGGAUGUUCUCGUGCUGUCCAUUGUAAUCGAACCAAUAAACGCUGACUUUGGUGA